CUCUCAUUCCUUUCUUCAUCACUCUCCUUCUUCACACAUACCCCAAUACCCCCUCCCCACACACACAUCCUAUCCAUAAUGUUCAUCAAGUCUGCUUCCCUUGCCCUCGUGGCCCUCGCUGCCGCCACCGUCUCUGCCCAGACCCCCAACCACACCUUCUUCACCAACCCCAUCACUGACGACAUGGUCUACGAAGCUGGUGCCAACACCACCUUCUCCUGGCAGAUGGCCUGUGUCGCGCCCUCGACCGCUACCUCGACCACUCCCACCAAGGUCGAGGUCCAGCUCGUCAACUCCACCGACACCAACAACGCCUUCUUCCUCGAGACCAUCACCUACAUCGACUGCUCAAAGUCCUCCGGCAACCCCGCCUGGGUUGUCCCCGACAGGAGCGGUGCCAACGUCCUCUACUCGCUCAAGAUCGUCCUCGAGCCCACUCCCGUCUACUCUGGAAAGUUCAAGAUCAACUCCAAGAGCGCCCCCGCUCCCUCUUCGUCCGCACCUAGCGCCGGUGGCAGUGAUACCACCAAGCCCAGCGCUGCUGGCUCCCUGGUCCCUGCCUUGACCGGUGCCGUUGCCUUGGUUGCCUCUGCUGCCGCCAUGCUCUUCUAAAGGAUUUUUGCAGGUUGAAAAUUCCCAUAGGAAACACCACCGUUACCAUCACCACCACCUACACUCAGCAUGAUCGACCGUGAGAGCAGCAAAAGGAGAGCAAGAAAACAAGGAAGACAGAUCUACCUCUAUAUAUUGUACUACACCUAAUACGUGAAUGUCCCCACACGCAGAAACUAGAAAAAAGGCACAAUUUUACGAACAAUAAAAAGAAAAAAAAAAAACUUGCCCGACCAAAGCACCAACAUUAGGUCCUGCGGCACGCAAAAGACUUUAUGUACGCUAGACGUUAGAUUAUCAUUAUUGUUUUCUUAUUAUGUAGCAUACUUCAAUAAUCCCCAUGCGAUCAUCAAUGAGAGAACUACGCGUGAGGGAAGGAAAAAUAAAGUCCCAAACGGAC